ACUCGUCGCCGGACUCACCAUGUCGUCCAUUGUGCAGCGGACGGCCACGCUGUUCCCCGAGCAGGAGCCGCUUCUUUCCGAGAUUGCAUCCCUUCGCGAGGCACGUCUCUAUCAUCAGCUGACCGAGGCACUGGAGACGCUGCUGUCGACGACGGCUGUGGGCACCUCGUCGCAUCUGGUGGCGUUCUUCGACGAGUUUAUCGCGCCGCUGCUCAAGUACAUCAACGCCAAGAGUUUUGUCAAGUUUGCGGUGCUGGCGUCGCGGCAGAAGGAGACGCCGGAAGAGUCGAUGGCGUUCUUGCUGGAGAUGUGCGAGAGCGUGCGCGAGGCGGUGCUGGCGGCCAAGGCUGCGACGUCGCGGAGCGGCGUGGCGGACAUGGAUGUGGAGGACAACGCUGCCGAGGCGAAUGGGGCCAAUAGCAAGGGCGGAAUCGAGACUGUGGACAUCGGGUCGGGUGCGGCCGGCGAUGAGGCGAUCUCAGCGGCAGACCUGCUGCCGUCGCCGGAGGACGACGCCGAGCUGCUCAAGGCGAGCAAGAAGAAGACGCUGGUGGGUCCGGUGACCGACUACGUCCACGUCUACCUCCUCACCGAGCUGGCGCGGGUCAAGCUCAAGUCGUCAGUCUCAGAGGCCAAGGCGCUGCUGGAGGAGGUCGGCGAGGUGCUUGACGCCGUGGUCGAGAUGGAUCCGCUGCUCCAUGGGUUCUACUACCACAUCAAGUCCGAGUACCACCGGAUGAUGGGCCCGGCAGACGUGUUUUUCCGCUACACCAUGCUCUAUCUCGCGGUCACGCCGCUCGACGACAUCUCGCUCGACGUCCAGCGCGUGCUCGCCUUUGAUCUCGGCCUCUCAGCGCUCAUCUCCGAGAAGAUCUACAACUUUGGCGAGCUGCUGCAGCACGAGAUCCUCUCGUCGCUCGAGGGUACGCCGCACGCCUGGAUGGCGGCCAUGCUCGCAGCGUUCAACGCCGGCGACAUUGCCGCUUACGAGACGCUCGCCGCCAAGCAUGCCAUCCGCAUGAACGCCCAGCCGGUUCUCGUCGUCAACAAGGCGCUACUCUCGGAGAAGCUCGCCAUUUGCGCCCUCGUCCAGAUCCUGUUCGAGACACCGUCGGACGCGCGCGUGCUCUCGUUUGACGAGAUCGCCGCUGCCACCCGCCUCGACGAGGACCGCGUCGAGCGCGUCCUCAUGAAGGCACUCUCCGUCGGCCUCAUCAAGGGCCGUAUCGAUGGUAUCGACCGCACCGUCUCGGUCUCGUGGGUCGCACCACGCGUCCUCGACCGCGCCGCCCUCGGCACCAUGGCCAACUCGCUCACCGCCUGGGCUGCAAAGGUUGACUCUGCUCUCGACCUCAUCGAGCGCGAUGCCGGCGAGCUGCUCCAAUGAAACACACAUCUGUCCCCCC